AUGGUGUCGUCUUUGAUAUAUACGCUGUGCGCUGUCUCUGGCCUUUUGGCGACUACGGUCAAUGGCCUGCCCAAGAAGGGCCCUCGCACGGAGACAGCUUUACCCAUUGUGAAGCAGACUAAGUGCGGUACACACACAUACCAGUACAACGGCCUCGUUGGAUAUGGCACUGUCCCAUCCAACGCUGUUGACAAGUACGGAGAUACCCUUGGAGGCUUUGGCAGCUCCAUCGCGAUUGAGCAGACAUCGUGGAAGAAGAACUCAGAUGGUACCUAUGAGGGUAUUGCCUGGGCUGUCCCUGACCGCGGCUGGAACACCCAGGGCACCUUGAACGUGCAAAGCCGUAUCCAGAAGCUCAGCCUGAAACUGACGCUGGCACCCAAUGCCACCGUCUCCAACCCGUCCGGCCCCAACCUUGAGAUCAAGCUGCUGGACACGCUGCUGCUGACGGGCCCUGACGGCACCCCAAUGACUGGGCUGGACGCUGACUUCUCGGGCAACAUCAGCUUCCCAGGCUUCCCCGGAAUGCCGGUGGCUACUUACCCCGGAGAUGGAUUUGGAGGCAGCGGCACGGGCGGACGACGCAUCUCGAUGGACUCCGAGGGUAUCGUGAUUGGCAACGACGGUGCAUUCUGGAUCUCGGACGAGUAUGGCCCCUAUGUGUACAAGUUCUCGCGGGAAGGGCGCAUGCUGCAGGCGAUCCAGCCUCCAGAUGCGUAUAUCCCCCGUCGCAACGGCAAGGUCAGCUUCAGCGCCGCCUCGCCUCCGAUCUACGAGCCUGACCGCCAGACGAACCCAGAGGACCCCGAGACGGGACGCAACAACAACCAGGGCUUCGAAGGGAUGACCGUCUCGCGCGACGGCAAGACGUUGUAUGUGCUGAUCCAGUCUGCGCUGAACAACGACGGCGGCCCGAAGAAGCGGUACAGAAAGCAGGCUCGCAUGCUGGAGUACGACAUCUCCGGCAGCACGCCCAAAUACGCCCACGAGUACGUGGUGACGCUGGCUACCUUUGUCGACCCUCACGAGGAAGACCCGGCCAAGGCGACCAUCGCGGCCUCGCAGUCUGAGAUUCACUACAUGCCGACGGGCGACUUCCUCAUCCUGUCUCGAGACGGCGGCGCCGGGCGGGCUGCCGAGUACACGGAGUCUGUCUACCGCCACGCAGACAUCAUCUCCAAGUCAAGCCGGACGACGGACAUCAAGUCGAAGAGCAACGACCAGGCCGACGGCUCGAUCGCCUCGGACAAGGGCGUGCUGGACGAGGACAUCACCCCGUUGACCUACUGCUCGUUCGUGGACUACAACAUCAACUCCGAGCUGGGCAAGUUCCGCCUGCACAACGGCGGCGCGCAGGACGAGCACCUGCUGAACGAGAAGUGGGAGAGUCUUGCUCUUGUCCCCGUCGACCCGUCGAAGGAGUUCCAGGACACCGGCAAGAAUGAGUAUUUCUUGAUCUCCUUUAGCGACAACGACUACAUCACCCAGGACGGCCACCUGAACUUCGGCAAGUUCAACUACGCCGACAAGUCUGGCUUCAACGUCGACACCCAGGUGCUCGUCUUCCGAGUGACCCUCUAG